UGGGUCUGUUCUCGUGCUGUGCUUACCCGCUUCUGCGAGAAAAUCGAGGCACAUUUCAUAAGCUUCCACCGCACUGUGUUUCUUGCGGCUUAGGACAUGCACUAGACAUGCCGUAGUGGAACGUCCAGAGAUAUAUUUUAGAUGCUUACAAAUAUAAGUUGUUUCUAAUUUUCUAAAAUGUUCGCUUUUGUUUUGUUCAUCUCAAGGGCGAGUGAUGGCACGCGCCAGUGGUUUCUUGUGACCGCUCAUACACUGUUCACGGACACGUGCCUAAACGUAAAAAAAAGUUAGAAGAGAAACCACUUAACAAUCAUUGAAGAAGACAACUGAAACGGUAAUGCCAUCCAACAAGUAUUCCUCAUCCAUCAUGGUGGAGAGUGACAAGAUGACAGCAAUAGCUGAGGUGAAUGGGGACAUGCCUGUGGCCGAGGGUCUGUCAGAGAACGACAGUGGUGUGGAGAUGACCAGUGAAAACAGCCCACUCACUGCCGCGGAGCCGCCCUCCCCCUUCAGCCCGAAGCAGAACGGGGACGCUGCCUCACCUGCAGACUCCGAUGUCAAUCAGUUGUCUAGUGGCAGAAAGAGAUCCAGGAAAAGGUCUUCAGAGGAGGAGGAGUGCAGCUGGGAUUCUCCCUACAGUGAGAAGAAGGCCAAGGUGGCUGGGGCCGGGGGCUCAGAGGCAGGCUUGAGCCUGAGACAGAGACCCCCUCCCAGGACCAUCUUUCAGGCCGGUCUGUUGGCCUCUCACAGCAAACCUCGCAGUCGUGAGCACAAAGGAAAAGGGCGCCAGAGCAAGCUGGAGCAACAAAGCAGCCCUCUGAGCCUGGCUUGCAGUGUUGGCCCCGGGCCUCUGGUAUCAGUAGUUCCUGAAAGCCCCUCCCUGGAGCUCAUGGAGCAGGACUCCAAGGACUCAGCCCAGAGCCUCUCCACCUCCUCCGCUUCCCUGACCUCCCACAGCACAGAAAUGGCCUGCCAACCAGAGUACAAGGACAACAAGGGUUUUGGCAUUGGGGAGCUGGUGUGGGGGAAGAUCAAGGGGUUCUCCUGGUGGCCGGGCAUCGUUGUCACAUGGCGUGCCACGGGCAAACGGCAGGCUUCACAUGGCAUGAGGUGGCUACAAUGGUUUGGCGACGGCAAGUUCUCUGAGGUGUCUGCCGAUAAGCUGGACUCCAUCGUCGCUUUUCCCAAGUUCUUCAACCAGGCCUCCUACACCAAGCUUGCUUCCUACCGUAGGGCUAUCUUCCAAGCACUGGAGAUGGCAAGUUUGCGGGCUGAGAAAACGUUCCCUCUAUGUGAGUCAGAGGGGCCAGAGGACCAGAUCAAACCCAUGCUGGACUGGGCCAAUGGGGGAUUCCUGCCUAAGGGCCAGGAGGGCCUAAAACCCACAGAGAACCCUGACAGCAACCCGCUGAACCACCAGGUGUUGGAUGUCAGCCUGCCAGAGUAUUUCCCCACAGCCAGGAGGGCCCGCAUCAGCCUGUGUAAGGCCAAAAGCAGCCCUGAGGAGGUUUACAGUCGAGAACAAAUGGUGCAUGACGUUUUGAAGAAUAACAGAAGUAUAGAAGAGUUCUGCCUCUCGUGUGGGAAGACAAGAGUGGCAACGUUCCACCCACUUUUUGAAGGAGGCCUUUGCCAAGCAUGCAAGGAUGUGUAUCUGGAGAUCUCCUACAUGUAUGAUGAUGAUGGAUACCAGUCCUACUGCACGGUGUGCUGUGGGGGCCGUGAAGUGCUACUGUGUGGGAACGCCAACUGCUGCAGGUGUUUCUGUGUAGACUGUCUGGAUAUUCUGGUGGGCGCCGGGGCGUCCAAUAAUGCCCGUAACCUGGACCCGUGGCGAUGCUACAUGUGCCAGCCCCUGCAGCCCUACGGCGUGCUCAAACGACGCCACGACUGGAGCACCAAGCUGCAGGAAUUCUUUGUCAAUGACAACGGCCAGGAGUUUGAAAGCCCAAAGAUCUACCGGGCUGUACCAGCAGAACAGAGGCGUCCCAUCCGUGUGCUUUCACUGUUUGACGGCAUUGCCACUGGAUACUUGGUUCUACGAGACCUUGGGUUCAAAGUGGACCAUUAUAUUGCAUCAGAGGUUUGUGAGGAUUCCAUAUCGGUGGGGGUGGUCCGGCACGAAGGGAGGAUACAGUAUGUGCACGACGUACGCAACAUCACCAGGAAGAAUAUAGAGGAGUGGGGCCCAUUUGACCUGGUGAUUGGAGGAAGCCCCUGUAAUGACCUGUCUAUCGUCAACCCUGCCAGGAAGGGACUGUAUGAGGGCACAGGGAGAUUGUUCUUUGAGUUCUACCGCCUGCUCAGCGAGGCCAAGCCAAAGGAGGGCGAGGACCGCCCCUUUUUCUGGAUGUUUGAGAAUGUGGUGGCAAUGGGCGUCAACGACAAGCGGGACAUCUCCCGUUUCCUCGAGUGCAAUCCAGUCAUGAUCGAUGCCAUUGAGGUGUCAGCAGCCCACAGGGCCAGGUACUUCUGGGGGAACCUACCAGGGAUGAACAGGCCCCGGUGUGCGUCGGGAAUGGACAAGCUAGAUUUGCAGGACUGUCUGGAACAUGGCCGUGUGGCUAAGUUUGGAAAGGUGCGCACAAUCACCACCCGCUCCAACUCUAUCAAGCAAGGCAAAGACCAGCACUUUCCAGUCAUGAUGAAUGGCAAGGAGGACAUCCUGUGGUGCACCGAGCUGGAGAGGAUCUUUGGCUUCCCUGUCCACUACACAGAUGUGUCCAACAUGGGCCGCGGUGCCAGACAGAAGUUGUUGGGCAGGUCUUGGAGUGUGCCUGUCAUCAGGCACCUAUUUGCCCCCCUGAAGGACUACUUUGCGUGUGAAUAGUACCUACCCUGGCCCCACCAGUCAAUACAUUCCCAACCUCCCUACACUACCACACCUUGGGAGCGGGAUCUGGAUCUACACUCGUUGGCCUUCUGUGGGGUCCCCCAUGGAACACACUAGACCGGGCCAGUACACAUGGAGACUCUUACGCCUCUCUGUUCAGCCUCAACGUUUUCACCAGGCACAAUCUACAUACACCCAACAAAGGGACAAACCUGCUUCUACUGAGCAAAACCAACUGUCGCGCCCUGUAGUCUCCUGCUCACCAAAAGGUUGGCUGAGAGCAAAAUAGAAAGUACCACGGAUUGUCAAACAGACGUGCCAAUGCCAAGUCUUGGUAUCCACUGAUAGCCAAAGUGUUAUUUUAGGCUUUUAAGGUUUAAAACAGUGCUUUUAUUUUUCUAACCAAUCACUUCCUAUCAUGUUGUCUUAAACUGGAUUUGUUGUAAUCACAUUUUUUUACGUCAAACAAAGUCACACUGACUUUUAUAAACCAGUUAAGUUCUUUUUAUGAAUGAGUAGACAUUUCUUUGUUUAAUUUUUAUGUCAACAUAAUCAGGGUUUGAAAAUACUGUAUAUAUGUUCACUCCCAAUUGCCAAUGUGAUCUAAUACUUGAAAUAAAUAAAUCCAAACCAGGUGAGACAGAAUGAAGAAUCCAUUUCUAGCCAUAUCUGAAUAUAUUCGAAAAUAUACUGUAAAAUCAGCAUAAAGACUUAUCAAUAUUGGAGAUUUUGACAUUGGUCAUGUGCUACUGUUAUGAAUAUGUAAUAUACAUAUUUUUUAAACUGGACUUUAUUUGUUUAUUUUGUUGUUACUUUUACCAAAUGUGGGCAUUACCAUAUCAUUCAGGGCUCCAUUGUUCCUGUGUAGAUUUUGUCUGUUAGAUAAGAUGCAUAGAAC